GGUGUUUGUACCCAUCGCAAACAAACAUCAAUAUCCACACCGACGCCCAAAAAACAUAAAUGCCCUGGAAUGAUGGCUAAGGCCAUACGGGAGAGUUGCACCCCAGAACCAGAAUCUCUCCGCCAUUUGCUAGUUACUCACCCUUCUACGCGCCUCUUUGUCCGCCCCGAGUCCUGGACGGCUGAGCACUUGGCCUUCCUCGACUGCCCACCUCCACAAGCUAUCACGACGCCCACAGAGGCUAUAAGCAACCGUUCUCGUCGAUAUCCACCAGUAAAGGAUCAAAUUCUACAUGAAUUUGAUACUCUCGAUUGUGUGAGGGUAAAGUCCCUUCGAGACGAAUCAAUCCGACGUCUAUUUUCUCUCCUGGUUCUCACGGUCAACCAGCUCAGGUUUAGCAGUCCAAAACUUCCUCUGCUUUACGACAGCUUACAUGUUGCUACCGUCUCCUGCCCCCUCCUUGUUUGUGCGAGAGAAACUUCCAGGCCAAUGUUCGCCUUCAUCGACAACACUUGGAUAUCACGCAAACGCCGGAAAGAAUUUACACGCCAAAAACAGCCGCUGAAUGUAGCAUAUAAAUUAGUUCAAAAGAUGAACAAGCUGCCUUUCGAUCCUUACAACGCUAGCAUUCUAAUUGCGAUAGCUCAAAGUGCCAGGUUGUCGAUACCAGAUGGAGAUAUUCAGGCAUUCUUAUUCUCUCCGACGACGGACAGAAAAUCCAUCAUACAAUACUCUGCAACAAUCACGUCAUCAUAUUUACGGAAAUUUGACGAGCCAUACAAAUCACAUACAUCCCCGCUCAUUAUUACAGAGAAAUACCUGUCUUUGAAUGAGCCGGAGUUGAUCGUUGACGCUUUACACAAUAUUGAGCAGCUUGCGCGCCUGCCAAAAAGCUUCACAUCGCCGCUGAAGCGCAAAGUAAUGUCUGACAUCACUAAUUCUGUUGAUAUGUCUGUGGCUGAACGCGAACCUGCGAGGAAGCGCGUACAUAUUGGAUGAGGUCUUGACAUGCCGCGCAUGCAAUUUUUCAAUCGGCAAGGGGUUGAAAUUAUUCCUGGGCGACGUCUCGAAUGAAAAUGCUUUCGCCUUCACAAACCAUGCCCGCACCCCCCUGCUACAAAGAUCGCAGGACGACUUUGACCAACGGCUUCUCUAGAAGCCCACCUGGCGAGUCUAGGACGCGGAAGGUUUCACGAGCGAUAUUUUGAGGACAAGUUGUUGACGAGAUCGGCUGCCCAUCCACUCCAAGUAGCAGUCCGUGGUCAUGUUAACUGUCGAAGUCUGAAGCUGAAGUUCAUCGCUUUAGUUCAGAAUCCUGAUAUUUUGAUGGGUAGAUAGAAGAAUCUAAAAUCACGAUAUAUAAUUUGUCAUAUAGCCUGGUAAAUCAGGGGAUAUUUUGGGCUAGAUGGCCUAUAUAGUUCUUCGCCGCAUGAAAGAGCAUGUAAAUCCAAUCCGUACUAUUCUAGAAGCCCUAAUUAAUUGGCUUGAGGCUGUUACUGGUUAUGCAACUUCUCAGGAUCGAACCUUCUUGCAAUCUCCCGUCUCUCUGCUUUACCUCUCACAAGUUCGUCAUAUUUCUUCGGGCCGAAUCCUUGUAUUCCUCAUCUGUGUAGCAGACCUACAGAAGUUCAGUUGAACAUUACUGAAGAACACGAAGGAAGAUUGCUUACGCGUUUAGGUCUGUUGGCUGGGUUGAAUUGAAACCGCUCUUCCAACGUUUUAAGGAUGGACGCUGGUAAUUGAGUAAGGACACUAUUCUAUCAGCUUCGGACUAGGGCCUUCGUAUCUUUCACUGCUUACAGCGCCUCCCCAUUCCAUCUGAAAAAUGAGGUAGUGUAGUCCUCACUAUCCAGGGGACCAUUAUCAACAAGUAGGUUACACCGUACGCCGUACGUAAAUUCACCCUCCAAUGUUAUGCGGUCGCCGAGACCCUCAUUGAAGUCUCGACCCCAAACCUUCUGACAGGCUUGGUUGGCUAGUAGCGUAGCUUUCUCACUAUCCGGACCAGGAACCUUAUGCGAUUUGCAUGUAAUGAGAAUACGCUGUGCCAUGGUUGUUAUCUCAAUUGAAUUGAUGAG